GUGGCUAACCAAGGCUGAUGGUAACCCGACUCGAGCGACUGGAACAGCGCAUGAUUACCCGUGCCGAAGAUCGCAGUGCACCCUACCCGUACGUUACACCGUCAAAGCGCGGCUUGGGCAGAGAUGACCAGUCUACGGAGCGAAGGUUUGAAUUGACGGGGGUACGACACGCAGUAGUGGACAUGUUUCAGGGUGACUUGUACGUGAAGAUCCGGGAAUACCUGCACAGAAAGGACGGCAAGCUUUGGAGUAGUCCACGAGGGAUCAACCUACGAAUCUCAGAAUGGAAGAAGUUGGUGGAGAUGAUGACGGCCAUCAACAGAGCUGUAGAAGAGUUUGAGGUUCAAGAGCCCCCGAAGAAGAAGAAGAGCAGAGUGGAGCUGACCAAGGUGCAUGAAGGGGAGUCGUACGCCUGUCGGCUGCCUGAGGAUGUAGUGCCUGACACGGACCCCGAAUGGAUCGCGACUAUUGGGAUAGCGAACGGAGCGAAGACGGACAACAGCUGCAAAGUCAAGCCCAAGAAGUUGACCCUUAGUGCGCCCGAGCAAGAUGGAACCCUCAAUGUGGAGCGUCAAAAGAGUGAGGAACUAGCAUUCAAUCUUAUACAGACCAUAUUUGUUCCACGUAUUAUCAGGAAAGGAUUAAAGCUCCAAAAGGUGGCCGAGAGCGUGGAAGGACAUUUACCCGUUGACGUGAAUGGAGGGUUUUACAGCAUGUACGUGUAUUGUGACGUUGCCGAGAAUCAACUGGUGGGGGAUGUGAGCGCCCCGCUGCUGCGGGUGGUUCCUGUGCAGACCUCUGACGUGGCGCAGGGAGAUGUGGUGGCUCACUCUUUCAGCACGCCUCAUUACGUUCCUGUAACAAUUAAAAACUUUGAAGUGAUUCAGAUGGAUAUAAGGACUGACACGGGUGAAAAAGUGGCAUUCUAG